AUGAAGGCCUUCUUCGUCGCUCUUGUUGCCCUGCCUGCCGUUCUGGCUGCCGCUCUACCUUCCUCCCAGGCAGCAGCAUUCCCUAUCCAGAGCCAGGAGUGUACUUGCCAGAAUGCCGCUGGAGCAACCAGGGCUUCUGGACUCUGCCAGUAUAUGAGAGGCGCACUCCGUGGUCCAGGCGAGUGGUGCUUCCCAGGUACCUCAACCACCGCCGCCAUGAACACGAUCUUUAACGACGAGAGGUGUCUGGAGCAGUGGGGUUCCGAAUGGAGCAAGGGCGUUUGCAGGCCCGUCUUGCUCUGCCAGGGCCCAGGUGGCCCCGACUACUACGAGAUUUGCUAA